CAUUUCCAUCCUCACGUGCCAUUUCUUUCUUCUCAUUUCCAUCCGCGAGAGAAGCAGAGAAACAGAGAGCGAUCAGGAGAACGUCGGGGGAAAAAUUCUCCAGCUCGAUUCUUGAGCUACAGUGAUCCAAAAAUCGCGUAAGUAAUGCCUAAUUCAUCCAUACAUCGUGAUUUAUCGAUUUAGAGCUUUAAAACGAGUUUUUGAUUCAGGAAUUUCUUGAAUUCCCGAUAAGCCAAAUUAGGGUUUCGGAGUAUCCGGAAGCCGGAUUGAGCCCAAAUUUCGUAUACGAGCUUCCUGCAGCGAGGUAAUCAAUCCUCUAGUUCUAAUCCCUGAAUUUCGGCUAUUAUUUAGAUCGGAGCUGGGAUCGCUGAAUUUAGCUCCGGCCAGGGUUUGAUGUGUUUUUAUCAAGAAUUUGACCCGGAGCCUAGAACUAAUAAUGACGGGGAUACUGUAGGGGAUAUUAGUACGGUCUCGGAUUUUAAUUCAGGGUUCGUUCCUGAAAAUGACGUUUUAGUACGUGAAGGUUAAACCAGUGUUUGAACGACCAGAACUGGUGAGGGAUUAUCACGACAUACCGGGUUUGUCGUAUCACGAUAAUUAUAUUGAUGCUUAGAAUUGAUCUAGGUGAACUAGAAUGGCAUGAUUAGGGGUGUAUGAACUUUUGUGCUAUAUGUUGAACCCUGGAUUGCUGUAUGAUAUUAUUGACUUGCCCUAAUCGAUAUGAACCUUGUUUAUGCUGAUGACUAUGUAUAUGUUGCAAAUUGUGGGCUUGACUAUUAAUAUGCUUUACGAUGGUUCGAGUAGGUGAUUAGGUAUGAUUUUCAUGAUUGUUGUAUUUGGAUGCACAAGUGGGAAAAUAUAUAUUCCCUAGUGAUAUUAUGAUGUUUAAGGAGGAUGACUUGCAUGAGGGUUUAUCCCGAGGAAGUGCAAUUAUACGACUCCUGAUUUACCUAUGUUGAGCCAAUUAUGGCUAGGUCAAGUACAUGUGCAAGUAAUGAAUUAUGAUUAAGCAAGAUGAGAUAUGAAUCAUGUAUAAGGAUACCAAAUAUGAGUGUUGUGGUCUCACGGUCAACUACAUAGUAAUUAGGGCUCCCUAUGCUAUUACUCUAUUAUGAUAUGUAUGAUAUUCACACCUCUCAUGUGGUGGUGACUGAAGAAUUCUUAAGAGAUAUGACCACACCCAGAGCGGUGUCGGGGUAUGACUACACCCAUAGUGAUGUGGGGUAUGUAUGACCACAUCCGACGGGAUGUUGGGGUAUGUAUGACUACAUCCGACGGGAUGUGGGGUAUGUUUCCCGGGAGAGUUAUUAGCAUGGGAGUAGCCAGGCGCCUAUGAGUAAAACAUGAUAAGAUGCAUAUGCAUAAGUCAAGGUGCUUGAGUCUUUUGCCUAUUGGGAUGUCGGAGGGCUGAGAUCUGAUCCUAGUGCUUUGGCUUGUUUUCUAGAUGUAUGGUAGUGGUAUGCUAUGUUAUGAACUCACGAUGCUAUGAUUAUCUCACUCAGCUAUGAGCUGACCCUCUUUUAUUCUUCUUCUCUGCUUAUGCCAUGUGUAAGCAGAUCAUCAACAGCAGCAGUAGAUAGGUGUAUAGGUGGGAGCUGAGCAAGAGUUGAAGGCAAGAUGAGGUAUGGUCUUCAACUACUCUGUGCUUGGACUACUACUCGGGAUUUUGGCCAGUGAUCCACACCCUUUUGUAAAAAUGUUUUGAGAACGUUUUUCAUGUGCAUACUAGCUUCUGAUGUAGUGUGAGAUAUCCACAGGUGUGGAAAAUUGAUGAUAUGUGUAUAUGUUGUGUAACUGUGUAAGUUGUGACGAUUAUGGUAUGUAUAAGUUUGGUAUGCAGUUGUGUAGUAUGAAACUGUGACUAUGGCUAUGAAAGUCCAUGUAUAUGGUUGUUAGUAUAUAUGUUUGUCAUUGAAUGCAUGGAUUCAGAUGAAUUAUUUUGUAGGAUAAGUUGCAAGAACUGUUAGCCCAUUACGCGAGUAAUUCAUGUCGAAAUUUUAUUUAGGUAAAUUUUGAUAAUUAAUGUAACACCCGAGAUUAAUUCCGCUGCAAUUGUAUGAACAAUAUGAUUAGGCAAAACGUAUAGGGUAGGGUGUUACAUUUAUUUCGGGUCAAUUUUUAGCAGAUUGCAAAGGGGUACCAUCACAGAUUUUGGGUGAUUUUUCCAAAAUGUCAUUUUCUUUCGAUUCUGGAUGCUACAGAUCACGAAACCAGGCCGAGGCUAUUCUCCACCGAUAAUGAAGUCUAUUAAUCCUAUUCUCCACGGAUUGUAAGUCCAUUAAACACGGAUUUCGGCCAAUUUAUUUUCGAAUGGCGUUUUCAUAAUUUCGUGGGCAUCGAAAGGCCAUUUUCAUUGGAUUUUGAAGGCUACAGAUCACAAAUUCGGCCUGAGACUAUUCUUCGACGAUGACUACGCCCAUUAAGCACCGAUUUGGGCGGAUUUAUUCUGGGUCAAUUUUUGGCGGAUUGCAAAGGGGUACCAUCACAGAUUUUGGGCGAUUUUUCCGAAAUGCCAUUUCCUUUCGAUUCUGGAGGCUACAGAUCACGGAACCAGGCCGAGGCUAUUCUCCACUGAUAAUGAAGUCUAUUGAUCCUAUUCUCCACGGAUUAUAAGUCCAUUAAACACCGAUUUGGGCCAAUUUAUUUUCGGAUGGCGUUUUCGUAUUUUCGUGGGCGUCGAAAGGCCAUUUUCUUCGAAUUUUGAAGGCUACAGAUCACGGAUCCGGCCUGAGACUAUUCUUCAACGAUGACUACGUCCAUUAAGCACCGAUUGGGCGGAUUUAUCCCGAGUCAAUUUUUGGCGGAUUGCAAAGGGGUACCAUCACAUAUUUUGGGAAAAUUUUCCGAAAUGCCAUUUGCUUUCGAUUUGGGAGGCUACAGAUCACAGAACCAGGCCGAGGCUAUUCUCCACCGAUAAUGAAGUCUAUUUAUCCUAUUCUCCACGGAUGAUAAGUCCAUUAAAUACCGAUUUGGGCCAAUUUAUUUUCGGAUGGCAUUUUCGUAAUUUCGUGGGCGUCGAAAGGCAAUUUUCUUUGGAUUUUGAAGGCUACAGAUCACGGAUUCGGCCUGAGACUAUUCUUCAACGAUGACUACGUCCAUUAAGCACCGAUUUAGGCGGAUUUAUUCCGGGUCAAUUUUUGGCAGAUUGCAAAGGGGUCCAUCAUAGAUUUUGGGCGAUUUUUUCGAAAUGCCAUUUUCUUUCGAUUCUGGAGGCUACAGAUCACGGAACCAGGCCGAGGCUAUUCUCCACCGAUAAUGAAGUCUAUUGUUCCUAUUCUCCACGGAUGAUAAGUCCAAUAAAUACCGAUUUGGGCCAAUUUAUUUUUGGAUGGCAUUUUCGUAAUUUCGUGGGCGUCAAAAGUCCAUUUUCUUUGGAUUUUGAAGGCUACAGAUCACGGAUUCGGCCUGAGACUAUUCUUCAACGAUGACUACGUCCAUUAAGCACCGAUUUGGGCGGAUUUAUUCCGGUUCAAUUUUUUGCAGAUUGCAAAGCGCUACCAUUAUAGAUUUUGGGCGAUUUUUUUGAAAUGCCAUUUUCUUUCGAUUCUGGAGGCUACAGAUCACGGAACCAGGCUGAGGUUAUUCUCCACCGAUAAUGAAGUCUAUUGAUCCUAUUCUCGACGAAUGAUAAGUCUAUUAAAUACCGAUUUGGGCCAAUUAAUUUUCGGAUGGCAUUUUCGUAAUUUUGUAGGCGUCGAAAGGCCAUUUUCUUUGUAUUUUGAAGGCUACAUAUCAUGGAUUCGGCCUAAGACUAUUCUUCAACGAUGAUUAAAUCCAUUAAGCACCGAUUUGGGCGGAUUUAUUCCGGGUCCAUUUUUAGCAGAUUGCAAAGGGGUACCAUCACUGAUUUUUGGGCGAUUUUUCCGAAAUGUCAUUUUCUUUCGAUUCUGGAGGCUACAGAUCACGAAACCAGGCCGAGGCUAUUCUCGACCGAUAAUGAAGUCUGUUUAUCCUAUUCUCCACGGAUUAUAAGUCCAUUAAACACCGAUUUGGGCAAAUUUAUUUUCGGAUGACAUUUUCGUUAUUUCGUGGGCGUCGAAAGGCCAUUUUCUUUGGAUUUUGAAGGCUACAGAUCACGGAUUCGGCCUGAGACUAUUCUUCAACGAUAACUACGUCCAUUAAGCACCGAUUUGGGCGGAUUUAUUCUGGGUCAAUUUUUGGCGGAUUGCAAAGGGGGACCAUUACAGAUUUUGGGCGAUUUUUCCGAAAUGCCAUUUUCUUUCGAUUCUGGAGGCUACAGAUCACGAAACCAGGCUGAGGCUAUUCUCCACCGGUAAUGAAGUCUAUUUAUCCUAUUCUCCACAGAUGAUAAGUCCAUUAAACAUCGAUUUGGCCAAUUUAUUUUCGGAUGGCAUUGUCGUAAUUUCGUGGGCGUCGAAAGUUCAUUUUCUUUGGAUUUUGAAGGGUACAGAUCACGGAUUCGGCCUGAGACUAUUCUUCAACGAUGACUAUGUCCAUUAAGCACCGAUUUUGGCGGAUUUAUUCCGGGUCAAUUUUUGGCAGAUUGCAAAGGGGUACCAUCACAGAUUUUUGGCGACUUUUCCGAAAUGUCAUUUUCUUUCGAUUCUGGAGACUACAGAUCACGAAACCACGCCGAGGCUAUUCUCCACCGAUAAUGAAGUCUAUUGAUCCUAUUCUCCACAUAUUAUAAGUCCAUUAAACACCGAUUUGGGCCAAUUUAUUUUCGGAUGGCAUUUUCGUAAUUUCGUGGGCGUCGAAAGGCCAUUUUCUUUGGAUUUUGAAGACUAUAGAUCACGGAUUCGGCGUGAGACUAUUUUUCAACGAUGACUACGUCCAUUAAGCACUAAUUUGGGCGGAUUUAUUCCGGGUCAAUUUUUGGCAGAUUGCAAAGGGGUACCAUCACAGAUUUUGGGCGAUUUUUUCGAAAUGCCAUUUUCUUUCGAUUCUGGAGGCUACAGAUCACGGAACCAGGCCGAGGCUAUUCUCCACCGAUAAUGAAGUCUUAGUAACACUUAUAUAAAAUCAACACUAAAACCAUUAAAGAUAAAAAUGAAAAAACAAAUAAAGAAAAAAACAUGCAAAGGUUAAAAUCAAAGCAGGUAACCAAAUAAUACCCCCAAACAUGGUGGAGGAAUCGGAGAAGGCGGAUUUGGCUCUUCACUUCUCUGCUAAUCUGUUUACGUCGGAGGCGAGUGAAGAGGGAGUUUGGGAAAGGGUUAAUGCCCUCCCAAUUGAGCAAUAGGUUACGUCGGAGAUGAACAACACCCUGGUAGCUGAGGUAACACCGAUGGAGUUAAGACGUACGGUAUUUGAUAUGGGUUCAACUCAAGCUCCGGGGACGGAUGGGUUCACAUGAAAGUUUUUUAAAACAUUUUUGGAAAGUUCUUUAGAAUAUCUAAAAACGACUCAUGAUUAGGGAUAGAAAUCCAACCCGAAACCAUGAAUCGUUUUAGAUAUUUUAGAAUUGUAACCAUCUAAAUCCACACCCAACUAUAAGGCUUCAUUUCAAAAAAUUGAAACCCACAUCCACCCAUAAAACUAUAUAUUCUCGAAUAUUAUGAGCGGGUCGGUUUGGUUUGGAUUGAACAGGUAGGUUGGUUUUGUUCACCCCCAGUACUUGGAAAAGGAAAGAGCGGGCCGGACAAAUAUGGAUGGGCUUAGCGGUUGUGGAGGAGGGCUCGGUCUAUUCUGACUCUGAGGCUCAGUCGAGAAGGAGUCCAUCAUUUCCCCUGCUUAGGCGUCGUUUCGUUAUAGCUUGGCGGAUCUAUCUUUUCUCUUCCACCCCUGGAGGCAUCGAAGCAGACAGGAGAGCAGGGCAGUGUUGAGUUGAGGUCGUCUCGUCUGAGGGUGAAGAAAUGGCGUCCGGUUGGGGGAUCACAGGGAAUAAAGGCAGAUGCUACGAUUUCUGGAUCGACUUUAGCGAGUGCAUGUCUCGUUGCAGAGAGCCCAAGGACUGCACUUUCCUACGCGAGGACUACAUGGAGUGCCUCCACCAUUCCAAAGAGUUCCAGCGGAGGAACCGGAUUUACAAAGAGGAGCAGCGAAAAAUACGAGCUGCUGCCAGAGAAGCUAAGGAGGGUGGUGGUGGUGAAAAGCAUAGCCUCCACGCGUAGCGUUUCUUGAUUGUUUUCUGAUAACUUUUGGCAAAUAAAGAAUGUGAAACGAG